AUGGAAUAUUUCAAUACUUUUGUAUGUACAGUGCUGAGACGAGCGUUCAGUAUGUUCGAUUCGAACAAGCAAGGAAGAAUUGAGAAGGAAAAAGUUCGUACUAUCCUGAACACGAUGGUUCAUAGCUUUGAUGACAAUGAACUGGAUCAGAGGUUGGACACCGAAGAUGUUGAUGGUUCAGGAAAGUUAAACUUUGAUUCAUUUGUACGAGUUGCGACGCAUUUCCUCGAUGAAGAUGAUGAAGCCUUGCAAAAAGAACUGAAAGAAGCUUUCAGGCUUUACGACAAAGAAGGCAAUGGUUACAUCCCAACGUCCAGCCUCCGUGAGAUACUAGCAGCUCUCGAUGAUCAACUAACUCCCGACCAACUCAACGAGAUGAUAGCAGAAAUAGAUACGGACUCCUCAGGCACAGUUGACUUCGAUGAAUUCAUGGAGAUGAUGACUGGCGACUAA